AUUCAGAAAGCAAAACAUUCUAACGUGCGUAUGAUGAAGCAGCAAUAGAUAUGUUGUUUUGAUUUCUAGUGUUUCUUUGGUCUAGUUGUACAUCGUCUAGAAUGUCACGAAUAAUUAUUAAAAAUAUACCGAAUGGCUACACAGAAGCCAAACUGCGUGAUCACUUUAGCCGGUGCGGUAUCGUAACGGAUGUUCAGCUGAAGUACACACCGGAAGGGAAGUUUCGUAACUUUGGCUUUAUCGGUUACGAGUCUGAGGAAAAUGCCAGCACAGCUAUCCAGCAUUUCAAUAACACGUUUUUGAGGACGUCGAAGAUAAGCGUGGCUCCAUGUGUAGCUUUGGGGGAAGCCAAAGAGUUGAAAUCUUGGAGCAAAUAUAGCACGGAUAAUAAGGGUGCAAAGCAGGAUGUCGUUGGGAAGAAAUCUAAAGAUAAGGCAAAAGUCCAAACUGCAGAUGAUAUUUUGAAGAAGCACAAAAAUGAUCCGUUGUUCAAAGAAUUUGUCGAAGUGCAGAAAAAUGCUGGAUCGGCGGUUUGGAAUAAUCAGCUGCAGCAAGAGUCGAGUGAGGCUGAGUCCGGAGAGGCGGAGGAGGAACAGGUUAAAUCUUCGCAGGAAGAAAAUGAAAAAGAGUCGAAGAGCAAACCGAAGGAACUGAAGCUGACCAAUUUAUUUGUAGCCAAAAUUCACAACAUUCCAUCGUCAACAAAAAGGCAAGAUUUAUUCCGAUUUUUCAAACCAAUAAAACCGUACUCAAUCCGGAUACCAACUAAGCAAAAGGGGUUUGCUUAUGUAGGUUACAAAACGGAAACGGAACUGAAGAAGGCUCUACUGAAAGACAAAAGUUUUCUCGGUGGAAAACAAGUGAAAGUAGUAGAUUUCACAGCAAAAGAUCGUCUUCGUAGUGAGGAGGAAAAGAAAUCGGGGAAGCGAGAAAAUCCAAAGUGGAUACGAGAGAAGGAAUCAAUUUGCAGUGAGAGCAUUGUGGAAACUGGCAAAUUGUUUUUCCGUAAUCUUGCCUACUCGGUUAAGGAAGAAGAUCUAAGGCAGUUAUUCGAGAAAUGCGGACCUGUGGCGGAGAUCGAUUUGCCGAUCGCUGCCAACACAAGGAAACUUAAAGGGUUUGGAACUGUAACUUUUCUGAUGCCUGAACAUGCAGUGCUUGCAUACAACCAACUGAAUGGGACCUUCUUUCACGGACGAAUGUUUCAUAUACUUCCCGCGAAAACUAAUGAAUCGGAAAAAGCCGAGGAGGAUGAAUCCGGGCUUAGUUUUAAACAGAAAAGAGAGAAACAGCAGAAAAAAUUGGCUCAAUCAUCGCACAACUGGAAUACUUUGUUUAUGGGAGAAAAUGCUAUCGCUGAGGUUGUGGCGAAGAAGUACGGGAAAACCAAGGAAGAAGUACUCAGCACUGAAGGAGGGACAACGAGUGCGGCAGUUCGAUUGGCGCUAGGCGAAACCGAAAUCGUGAUGGAAAUGCAGCGAUUUCUGGAGGACAACGGAAUUUAUCUGGACGCCUUUAACAGCGUCGCCAAGCGUCGAUCCAAUUCAGUUAUUUUGGCGAAAAAUUUACCUGCCGGAACCGAAGAGGGUGAAUUGAUCGAACGCUUUUCGAAGUUUGGAAUGCUGGGUCGGGUCAUUCUUCCGCUAAGCGGUAUAACAGCAAUUGUCGAGUUUCAAGAUCCUGGUGAGGCCAAAAAAGCGUUCAAAAAACUUGCCUACACUCGCUUCAAAUCAGCGCCCCUUUAUUUAGAAUGGGCUCCUGAUAACGUUUUCUAUAAAGCGGAAGUUGACCAAAGCAAACCAAAAACAGAGACUAAUAAAGAAAAAGAGGGUAAGGUUAACAAAGAAACAGAAGCCCCGAAAGACGAUAAAACUGCUUUGCCCUGCAAAGAUGAUAUUGAGGAAACAGACAUUGUUCCGCCGGAAGAAGGAACUACUCUGUUUAUUAAGAACCUUAGCUUUCAAACCACUGAGGAAACGAUUCGGCAAGCAUUCGCAAAGGUUGGCGAUAUUCAUUCGGUUCAAGUUGUUCGAAAGAAGGUUGGCGAGCGAACUGAAAGCCGAGGCUAUGGGUUUAUACAGUUUCAACUACGACGGUCGGCAGAUACGGCUCUAAAGAUCAUGCCAACGCUGCAGCUAGAUGGUCGAAAAGUGGAGCUCUCCCGCAGUGAUCGAACUUUGCACACUGACGGUGCUGGUAGAAAAGAAACAAAAGUGAAAAAACAAACUGGCACAAAGAUUCUGGUUCGAAACGUUCCUUUUCAAGCGAAUGCGAAGGAAAUACGGCAGCUUUUCUGCGUGUUUGGCGAGCUUCGAUCAGUUCGGUUGCCCAAAAAGAUGGUUGCCGGUGCAGAUGAAAGCCAUCGGGGCUUUUGUUUCGUCGAUUUCGUUACCGAAGCCGAUGCCAAGCGGGCCUUGGAAACGCUAUGCAAGAGCACUCACUUGUACGGUCGCCGUUUGGUGCUAGAGUGGGCUGAAGCGGAGGACGGUGUUGAAGAUUUGCGAAAACGUACCGCGGAAAAGUUCACUGCCGUUGCGAGAACAAGUGACGCGAAGAAAAGUCGCAAAAGUGUGUUUGAUACGGCUCAGAUUGUAGAUAGCGGGGCAGGAGCAGGGGUAACAGAUGGUUUGGGAGAUGAUGAAGAUGAUGAUGAUGAGUUUUGACUAAAAAUAAAAGUUUGAAUAUAAAUUA